AUGCUCACGCUUACUAGCGGCGUCGGCGUCGGCGUGCGCGCGACCUCGCGCUCGGUCGCAGCAGUCUUACGGCACGACACGCGAUGGAUGGCCACGGCUGCGGCGGCCUCGGGCUCAGGCUCGGUCGCACCGCAAGCGUACGUGUCUCGCUCUUCGAAUCCGUGGUUCAACCUGGCGUUUGAAGAUCAUCUGUUCCGUACGGUGGAUCCGGCGGUGCCGGUGUGCUUUCUGUACCGCAAUGCGGCGUGCGUGGUGGUGGGACGCAACCAGAAUCCGUGGAAGGAGCUCAAUGCAGCAGCCAUGCGAUCGAUCGACCUACCCAUGGUAAGAAGGCGCUCGGGAGGCGGCACCGUGUACCACGAUCUGGGCAACACCAACUAUUCGUUUCACAUGCCGCGCGAUACAUUCGACCGGCGCACGCAUGCCGAGCUCGUGGCGCGUGCACUCAACGCCACGCCCGUCGGGUUGCAUCUCUCACGUAGCCCGCUUGCGCGCGCCGACCGCGGAGCGUACGUCAACGAGCGCAACGAUAUCUGCAUCCGCGUCCAGCCGCGAUUCGACCGCAGCGCUACGGCGAAGACGCGGGCCGAGGCGGACGAGCAGGGGUGCGAGGAGAGGAAGGUGAGCGGGAGCGCGUACAAGCUGGUCAACACGCGCGCGUACCACCACGGCACCAUGCUGUUGUCUGCAAGUCUGGGCAGCUUGGGCAGCUCGCUGCGCAACGAGCGCGGAGAGCUGCUCGUCACCAAGGGCGUCGCGUCGGUCCCUGCGCCCGUCGCUAAUCUCGGCGAGGCGUUUGCGGACCGCAAGCACAUGCUCACGCACGACGUCUUUGUUCAGGCCGUCGUCGCCGAGUUCCUGCGCACGCACAACGCCAAGCCGGGAUCGCACAUCGAGGUGGACGAGUCGUGGCUCGCCGAGCCCGAACGCAAUAGCGGCAGGUGGAAGCUGCAGGAGAACUUUGACGAGCUGCAGAGCUGGGAGUGGGUGUUUGGCCAAACGCCCGAAUUCACCCACCGCGUAGCUGUGCACCAUCCCGCCGAGCUCGAAGCCCAUGGGGCCGAGGAGAAUGGCUGGGGCCCGUUUGCGAUCGAGAUCCACUCCAAGCACGGCAUCGUGCUCGACGCCAAGGUGGUGGAUGCGAGUUUUGAGCAGCAGCGGACAGAGGACGAGGUGCGCAGCGUCGUGCACGCGCUCAAGGGCCGACGCUACGAUGAGCUGGCGCUGCCACCGCCAUGGGGACCCAACUCGUCCCCACCAGCGGCAGAUGGUAACGCAGGCGGCAUCCGGACGAACAUUCGAGAUGCACUACUCGCAUGGCUCCGCACCAGGCUAUAG